UCCGCCAGCCCUCUGCUAUGGUCAGGUUUCGUUUUCAUCGCAUUUUGCCGUUACGGAUAUAGCAUGGAUACGUUUUAUUAAGGCGCCCUACCGAGCGACCAGCAAUUACAUUUGCUAAGGAGUAAACAGUCUCAAAGCGCGUCUUGCCGAACUCACAGUAAUGAUGGAGUAUUGGAGGCAAUGCGCGCUGUGGUUAAUAAACUGCAAGGUGCUCCCAGCUAACCACCGGGUGACAUGGGAGUCUGCACAGGUAUUCGACUUGGCCCAGACGCUACGGGAUGGAGUGCUGCUCUGCCAGCUUCUAAACAACCUGAGACCCCAGUCCAUCAACCUGAAGGAGAUCAACCUCAGACCCCAAAUGUCACAGUUCCUCUGCCUGAAGAAUAUUAGGACUUUCCUGGCCGCAUGCAGCGAGAUCUUUGGCAUGAAGAAAAGUGAACUGUUUGAGGCCUUUGACCUAUUUGACGUCAGAGACUUUGGGAAGGUCAUGGACACACUGUCCAAACUGUCCCACACAGUGCUUGCACAGCAGACUGGAAUCAGGCCCUUUCCAACAGAAGAGAGCGUUGAAGAUGAGGACAUCUACAACCACCUGGAGGACCUUAUAGAUGAGAACGGGGUGGAGGAUGAGGAGGACCUGUAUGACUGUGUGUAUGACGAUGAAGACGGUGGAGAGAUCUAUGAGGAUCUGAUGAAGACAGAAGCCGUCCCUCCGCCGGUGUUCCAGAAGGCAGAGACUGACAUCAGGAGCUGCUGUCUAACAGAGAUCAAGCAGACAGAGGAGAAGUACACUGAGACCCUGGAGUCAAUAGAGAAGCACUUUAUGAUGCCCCUCACCAUGUUUUUAUCCACGGCGGAGAUGGAGAAGGUGUUUGUGAAUAUACCGGAUCUUGUGAAAGUUCACAAAGGUCUCCUGCUUGAAAUCCAAGACUCAGUCCAACACAAAAGUGCCCAGAACCUUUACCAGAUCUUCAUCACCUUCAAAGAAAGGUUGUUGAUCUAUGGGAAAUACUGUAGCCAUGUAGAAUCUGCUAUUGCUGCUCUGGAUAACAUCUGCAAAGAGAGGGAGGAUGUACGCAUGAAGCUAGAGGAAUGCUCUAAGAGAGCCAAUUAUGGCAAGUUUACACUGAGGGAUCUGCUAGUGGUUCCUAUGCAGCGAGUCUUGAAGUACCCCCUCCUCCUGCAGGAGCUGGUUAAACACACUCAUGAUGCCACUGACAAGAGCAAUCUGCGGAUGGCACUGGAUGCCAUGAAGGACUUGGCUCAGUACGUGAAUGAAGUCAAGAGAGAUAAUGAGACGCUGCGAGACAUAGAUCAGUAUCAGAAGUCCAUCGAAAACCUGAAUCAGCCACUGAGUAAUUAUGGGAGACCUAAGGGUGAUGGGGAGGUACGGGUGGCCUCGGUGGACAAACGAGCUAAACAGGAUAGGCACAUCUUCCUGUUUGAUGCGGCGGUGAUCGUCUGUAAGCGCCGUGGGGACAACUACGAGAUGAAAGAAGUGAUCGACCUGCACCUCUUCAAGAUCACCAACAACCCCUCGUCAGACAAGGAGAACCGAAAGUGGUCCUAUGGAUUCUACCUCACACACAACCAGGGCCAAAACGGCUUUGAAUUCUUCUUCAAGACCAAAGAGCUGAAAAAGAAGUGGCUGGAGCAGUUCAGCAUGGCCAUAUCCAACAUCCGCCCAGAGAAUGGCACCAACAACUUCCACGAGUUUCGUAUGCACACCUUUGACAGGAUCACCUCCUGCAACUUUUGCCACCUGCUGUUAAGGGGCAUCUUUAACCAGGGGUACCUGUGUUCAAAGUGUGGUCUAGGUGCUCAUAAGGAAUGCCUGGGCCGCUUUGGUUGCUGUGGGAAAACAGAUCCCGGCUCCGUCAGAACUCAGGGCAAAACGCUGAGUCGCACAGAUCGAGAUACAGGUCUACCCAAGAUGCUGGUAAUCAGGAACUACUUUGGCGUACCAAGCCCCGCCUCUGGCCCGGCACUGACCAUCCAGACCGGUGACAUCAUCGAACUGAUCUGUGCCGACCUUCACAGCCCUUGGUGGCAGGGCAAAAUCCUGUCGACGAAAGAGGUUGGCUUCUUUCCAAGUGACGCUGUGAAGCCUUGCCCAUGUGUUCCAAAGCCCGUUGAUUACUCCUCUCAACCCUGGUUCGCGGGGCCCAUGGAGAGACUCCAAGCGGAGGCUGAACUCAUCAACAGGGUCAACAGCACCUAUCUGGUGCGCCAUCGCAGUCGAGAGUACACCGAAUACGCCAUCAGCAUCAAGUACAACAACGACGUGAAGCACAUCAAGAUCCUGACCAAGGAGGGCUGCUUCCACAUCGCCGAGAACAAGAAGUUCAGGAGUAUAUUAGAGCUGAUAGAGUACUACAAGCACCAUUCCCUGAGAGAAGGUUUCAGGAGUCUGGACACCACGCUGCAGUUUCCUUACCGGGAACCAGAAAACGCCGCCGUGCACCGCCUCAACCGGCCCGGUGGAAACAUGUUCACCCCCAAAGUGAUCGGCGUGGCUAUAGCGCGAUACGACUUCAGCUCGCGGGACACUCGGGAGCUCUCGCUGCAAGAGGGGGACGUGGUCAAGAUCUACACAAAGUCCGGAGCCAAUGGCUGGUGGAGAGGCGAGGUCAACGGCAGGGUCGGCUGGUUUCCAUCCACGUAUGUCGAGGAGGGCGAUUAGUGAGCCGCGGAGCGCCGGAAGAAGAGUAAGAGCCAGAAAGAAGGGCGGCAGAGGAGUUAGCAAACUGAACAAACAGAGUGAAACUGGACGGUUAGCAAGCUCCUGGAGAUCCUGCUGCUCGCUCUGAUGUUGCUUUUUUUGUAGCAAAGCAGACCGCGUCACUUUUCCUCGACGGAGCCCCGUUGCCUACGACGAUCCCAGAGGCCUUUGGGUGGAGAAAGGGCUAUAUCGCAGAUGCAAAGAUAACCCGUUCCUCCUAAUUAACUCUUCUCGCGGCCAAGCGGCUGCACCGACUAGCAGCUUGCCUGUCAGCAGGGGACGAGCCCUCGCCAGAAAGCCUCCCUCCCUAACCUCACCCAUCCCUCCACCCAUCCAUAAUUCAUCUGUCCCUCCCAUUCUCUCUCUGCUCAAGCCAGCCACGGCCCCAAACUCCCACCUCUUUCUACUUGCCAAGGCGGCCCUUGCCAGUCUGUCAAAAGUAGAUACUCAAAUGCCACCCGUGUCUCCGUCCGUCCGUCCACCCGAUGCGUCCGUCCGCCACCCCUACAUGGAAGAGCUGGGUGGCAAAGACUUGGACAAAACCGUGUGUCUUUUUUUUUUUUCUUCUACUUCUCCCCUUUUCUCAUUCUGUAGAGGUCUGUUUUGACCUUGCCUGUGUGUUUGUUCCACUAAUGCAGGUGGUUAUUGAUGACUCGAUGACCUAGAUUCACACUCGCAUACAGUCCACACACACACACACACACACACACACACCUACCUCCUCUCCCCUUCAGAUUAAAAUCACGGCACACACAUGCUCAUAUACAGCAGAUGAUGAGAAGAGGGAUGGCGUCGGAUAGCAUCGCCGCACAGCGCCGGCCAUUGAUCGCUGUUGUUCCUGUUUUUCCUCCCGCCUCUUACAUUCUUUAUCUGCACCCGGCCUCUCAUGUUUUCAGUUGUCUUGGCCGUCAGCGAUCCCCUGCUCUUAUCGGUGGCAGCUCUGUCGACAGGAGCCCCUCUUCGCCGAGGGUUUAUCUGAUUGAAGGCAUUACCGGCUUGUCUGGGAACAAGCCGCGCUACCCAGGAGCCAGCAGCCCCCCUUAAGACGGAAAAAGACAAAACAAGUUGGCUCUCUCCUGUUUCUCACUUCUUUUUGUGCCGUCUCUCUCUGCUUGACUUUUCUUGACUUUUUCUGUGUGUCUGACCUUUGGGUUUUUUUCAUUUGAUGUGGACUUUAGUUUUGAAUGUCUGCUCAUUCCAUCUCUCAGAUUCCUUCCCACUGACUAGGAUUAGACCAAUAUAUUGGCUUGAUAUUGGCCUUUUAUUAAAAACCAGACAUGGUCAAGGCUGUGUGAUCCACAUCCAGUACGAUGGAUAUGAUGGAUAUGAUGGAUGUGUUGCAGUUUGUUUGAAUACUGAACGUAUUUAUAGUAGAAAUGGUCAGUACUACACUGGUUGUCCAUUGGAAGCCCUUAACCUGAACCAACUCUAAUCCAAAAUCUUCCACAAGUAUGAAUGCGUAUGUUUUUUUGUUUUGUUUUUCAUCACUUUGUGUAUCACAUAAUUUAAAUGUCCCAUUAUGGUGCUGUUUCAGAGGACUUUCCGUCCUGAUACGAAUAAAAAUCAGGGGGGAAACUCUGAGUUCUUGCCAUUUGUCUGAUUUUUAUUGCGCAUGUAAUCGCGCAUAUCAUUUUUCUUGGGAAAAAAAUUGUUGGUCGUCACCAUCACAUCUGCCAUUAGAAAGAUUUAUUGGCUGAACCUCAUUCAACCCUGUUUAUUUUCCAACUCCUCAUCCUCUCUUACUCUGCCUUGCACUCACCCACCCCCACCCCUGUACACAUUACACACACUGUCUCCUUAAUCCGCCAAUGAAAGAGGAUUUACCCACAUUUGAGGGAAUAAAUGCCUUUACAGUGAAACAUGCUGCACAACACACUUCCACAGCUAACACACUCCGAUAGUCAGCCGUGGCCCGAUGCAAUGCAGUAG